AAUGUUCUUCUGUAUUGUAGAAUAAUUGAUGUUUUAAUAAAGGUUAAAUCUUCACUAGAAGAAGUAAUAAAUUAAAAAACAUGUCGUCUGGCGAUACUGAUGCUCAUGCUUUAACUAUUAAAGAGGAAAAUGAGGAUAAAUUAGAAAAUGUAGACGAAGUUGCUACCACUAUGCCAUCAGCUAGCCAGUUAACAUCAGAAAUGAUGCAGAAUCCACAAGUAUUGGCUGCUUUACAACAGAGAUUGGAUAGUAUUGUAGGAACACCAUCUGGAUAUAUUGACAGCUUGCCAAAAGUUAUAAAGCGUAGAAUCCAUGCGUUGAAGAACCUUCAAGUAGAAUCAACAAAGAUUGAAGCGAAGUUUUACGAGGAAGUUCAUGAACUGGAACGCAAAUAUAGCUCCUUAUAUCAACCAUUGUUUGAAAAGCGUUCAUUGGUGGUGAACGGGACAUAUGAACCUCUGGAUGAUGAGUGUGAGUGGGAGAGUGAGAAUGAAGAGGAGGAGGAGAAAAAUGGAGAAAAGGAUGAGGUUAAUGCUCUCGCUAAUGAAAUGGAAGACAAAGCGAAGUUAGAUGGAGAGGAUGAAGAUAUCAAAGGAAUACCAGAGUUUUGGUUGACCAUCUUCAAAAAUAUUCCAAUGAUGCAAGAAAUGAUACAAGAGCAUGAUGAGCCAAUACUUAAGUCACUUCAAGAUGUUAGAGUCGUGUUUUCAAUGCCAGAAGAACCAUUGGGUUUUACUCUCGAGUUCGUAUUUGACAGUAAUUCAUAUUUUUCCAACACAACCCUGACAAAGUAUUAUCGUUUACAAUCUCAACCUGAUGAAAAGGAACCGUUCACAUUCGAAGGCCCGGAAAUUAUCAGUUGCACAGGAUGUAAGAUUGACUGGGUAAAAGGAAAGAACGUUACGGUGAAAACAAUUAAGAAGAAGCAGAAACAUAAGGGGCGGGGUGUUGUGAGAACGGUGACAAAACAAGUCAACAACGAUUCAUUUUUUAAUUUCUUCGCCCCCCCUGAUGUUCCUGAAGAUGAUGCAGAAAUGGAUGAAGACACUGAGAAUCUUCUUUCUUCCGAUUUUGAGAUCGGACACAUGAUACGGGAGCGUGUGGUUCCUCGUGCUGUUCUCUACUUCACUGGGGAAGCGGGAGAUGACUUUGAUGAAGAAGAAGAAGAUGAGGACGACGAUGAUGAUGAUGAUGAAAGAAGGUUCAACGUUGAUGGUUCAGAUUCUGAUUCCCAAAAUGAUUCGGAUUAUGACCCAGAU